UACGCCUGUAAGAUAACUGCUUGCAGUCUUGUAUUUCUCAGUGUGAAGUUUCGUCCAAAUGUGGUUCGAUUCUUCUUUGCAAUGGCAGAGAAAGACUUUUUACCCUUAACACAGAACAUUGUGCGUGGAUUGAACGAUAAAUUGUACGAAAAAAGGAAAACAGCUGCCUUGGAAAUUGAACGGUAAGCCAACGUUUUGGCGUUUUGACUAGCCGCCAUGUUUUCGUUUGAUCCGAAUCUUACACGAGUUUAUUUUUUAUUUCAGUUCUGUUGAUUGUAUUAAAGUCAUUUUGCCUUUGAUUUGCUAUAAUUCUUACGUUGUGUUCGCUGACAUAUUCGUGUCGAGGUAAUUGUCGCUUCUUUGAAUCUUCGUUUCACUAUCAGUAUGGUCAAAGAGUUCGUCGCGAAUAAUGAUGUUCGGCAAAUAACACGAUUGACUGCUGUCCUUGCUGAUGAGUUUGCAGUUUCCCACAACAAUCACUCCAGAAAAGGAGGGCUUAUUGGGUUGGCAGCUACUGCCAUUGCUUUAGGAAAGGUACCCUUACAAAUACAAUCAGUCAACUUCUACUGUGUACUUCCUCAAUUAGCUUUAUUACAAGAAGAUCAAGAAGUCACAUAAGUUAAUAUUAUUGUUAUUAGUGAACUCACGCAACAGAAUGGGAGAGGAACGAAGAUGGCAAACUUUGUGUCCCAAGCGUGACAAUAAUUUUGUUUGAAAUAAUUAUUUUUCGCCAAAUUUCACUUUCCAUUAAACGGAUCUUUUUGUAAAGACCAGAAAACAUUAAUGUUAAGUAAAGAUCACGACAAAACUCGUCAUAGCAAUGUCACGUUUGUCACACACAAGCGUUUUGCCAUCCUCUUCUUCCUGCCGUCCUGUCACUAUUAUUGUGCCAAUUGUGUUUGAAUUAUUUUAGAGUGCGGCAAUGAUAGGGUGUUUUUUAUUCAGCACAUUCCAAAGCAACACCGUAAAAUACCGUAACAUUCUGAAAAUAAGCCCCUCCAUGUAAAAGCCCCUCCAAAUAUAAGCCCCCCAAACUCGUAACGCAAAAAAACCCUCAGUUAAAUCGCCCCCCUAAGCAAAAACUGUACAGUAACACAUACAUUUUGCGUUUGCCAAAGAGCUAUUAAAUGUGCCAAAUGAUUGUAGUAAAAAAGUUUCACAGUAUACUGCUGUUUGCGUCCUUUACUGUUAACCUUGGCUUGGAUUUCCUUGUUCCAUAUAGACAAUGUACUUGCAUGGCUGAGUUUUAGUAAGAUCUAUGUCCUCAAGGCGAGUUUCAUUAAAAACUUUCUGCAAAUUUCUGAGUAGCAUAAAUUUCCUUCCAAUUGUAAGCUAGCCCAAUCAAUUUUGAGAUGUAAAUUUUCCUCCCAGUAUUAUAUAAGCCUAGCCGAUUUUGAGAUUCAAAUUUCCCUCUGUACACAUAAGCCCCUCAAAAAGGGUCUUUGAAAAAUAUAAGCCCUGGGGCUUAUUUUUCAGAAUUUUACGGUAGUUUUCACAUAAAGACAGAAUGGACCUUAUUCAUAGGAGUGAGAGUAUAUAGUAAGACUGCUUUAGGAGGUGGAGAAGAGGAAUUAUUAGAUAAAUACACAACAGAAGAAACAAAAAUCUAACUGAAUAGACUAAGGCGAUGAUAGAAAUUUUAUGGCUGCUUGAUACCAAUUAGCCUCCCAUGCAGGUGUUUUUAGGGGAGCUCGUUUUUCAUCCCUCCCACAAACGCCUGCUCAAUGGAAGACAACAUUCCUUUCCCACGCUUAGCCAAUCACUUUGUGCUUUCCAAAUUCUGGAAAGUUGACCUUGACCGCAAGGUAAUCUGAUAAUUACUCGAUCUGCAUGAAACACUGGAAAAAUUUUCUAACCUCCAAUAAAUGUUAGAUUCAGAGCGGCAAAAAUAAGAUUUAAUCAAAUUUUAGAAUACUCCAUGCACUUCAUAACCUCAACGAAGGAAAGAAAAGGAGGAAAACGGUAACUGUAGGGUCACGUUUUAGUCGCGUUUAGCCUGUCAACAGUUUAUUGCGCAACUGUUUAUUGGUCACUUACCAUGCAAAUAAAACAAUGUGAAAGGAAUGUUGUUUCCGGUUGAGCAGGCGUUUGUGGGGAGGGAUGAAAAACGACCUCCCCUAAAAACGCCUGCGUGGGAGGCUAGAUACCAAUGGCUAUGACAUUGGGACAGAAUAAUGAGUUUGUUUUGUGAGGAAUUUGCUUACCGCUCAUAUAAGUGCUGGCAUCCAUGACAACAAAGUGUCUGUAAGAGUUAGUAGAGUGGUCUCUCACACAAAACUACUGAAUGUGUAUCUCAUGUACAGGCCAGCAUGUCAGAUGUGUACCAGUUACAAACUGAUUUUACAACUUCUUUUUCUCUUCAGGAUGCUGGACUGUACCUGAAGAAUCUUAUUCCUCCAGUUUUGGCUUGUUUUUAUGAUCAAGACAGCCGAGUACGUUACUAUGCCUGUGAAGCUCUGUAUAACAUUGCCAAGGUAGCAAGAGGCUCUGUAUUGCCAUUCUUCAAUGAUGUAUUUGAUGGCCUCAGUAAAGUGAGUAAUACCAUACCAUGCAGUCAAUCAUUGAGUCAGUCAAUAAAUUAGUCAACCGUGUAAAAGGGCUACGCGUUCAAAUAAGGACUCAGGACUGGAGUGACUUAAGAAUCAUGUAUUUUAAACAGCUGCUCAGGCAAGAAACACGCCAACAGUCGAGUGUAAUCAUUACAUAAUGAAACUUGAUCUGUUACAAAAGCCUAUUGUUACAAACCGUUAAGUUACACGUUCAGCAAGUCAGACAGUUUGUCAGUAAGAUCUAUAGACAGUUAUCCAGUAAGACAGACAUAGAGUCAAUCAAUCAAUCAAUUAAUCAUCAAUCAGUCAAUCAGUUAAUCAAUCAAUCAAUCAAUCAAUCAAUCAAUCAAUCAAUAUUAAUCAAUCAAGCAAUAUCUGUCAGUCUCUCGGCCAACCAACAAUCCACAUAGGAAUAAUACACUAUACAGUACAAACAGCAAACCAUCAUUAUUAGUUUAGCAAAACAAAACAGAAGGGAAUAAACAAAAUAGGAGAAAAAAAUAAUGGUCACUUUUAUGACUUACAAGGUAUAAAAUCUACGUGUAUCCAAAAUGAGUCAGUUUUGUUCACUGUAUUUUCAUUCCCCUCCUUAAACUUUGUAAUGGUGUGAAAUAAUGUUAUCAUCUGUUUUAAACCUAAUCUGCAAGUUCUCAAAGUGAUUGUUGUUGUUGACUGUUCAGCUUGCAGCUGAUCCAGAUCCAAAUGUAAAAAAUGGAGCAGAGCUUCUUGACAGGUUGAUAAAAGUAAGUAACAUGACGGUAUCAUUGCUAAAUAACAGCAGAGUAUUGUCUCUGUUAUAUGUAUGUAUGUAAUGUAUAAAAUUACAGGUAUUAAAAAUCCCAGAAAUUCACUACUUUCACAUAGACCAUAGAGCACCUUAUUUACCCCCCCCCCCCAAAAAAAAAAAAAAAAAAAAAAAAUUGCAUGACCCUUGUUUCCAGUUUCUCCUGGGUAUUACAGUCAUCCCAAGAGAUAUCUAAGACAAUCUUUAUGCAACAGUUUUGGGGGGUAAACAAGGAACAUUAUGGUCUAUGUGAAAAUGGUAAAUUGAGAAAGCUGAUUUUUCAGUCAGUGACACAGGCGGCUGGGAAGAAAAAAUCCAAGUACUGCCAGUAGGAGUGGAACCUAUGAUCUUGUUGUUAUUUGUCCAGAUAGAACUCUACCACUAAAGUACAGGAGACUUGUGGGUGCUAAGGCCACUAAAUUGCUUCUGUAGUCAAUAAAAUCUAAUAUGUGAAUUAUGUGUAUACAGUGUACCAAGAAACAUGUCAACUUGUUAUCAUAAUUAUGAUUUCAUCACUUCAUUAAUUUUUAAUAUUUUGAAUUGUACCUUAGGAUAUUGUGACAGAAAGCUCCUCAUUUGAUUUGGUGUCCUUUAUUCCAUUGUUGAGAGACAGAAUUUAUACAGCAAAUCCAUUUGCAAAGCAGUUUUUAGUGUCUUGGGUGAGUGUUGUAGGGAAUAAGAGCAUCUGCAUUUUGUUCUCUUAUCUCUGAACUGAACUGUAGAUACCUUUGUAGCUCUAAAAUAUUGUUUUAGUUUCAAUUUUAUCCACCACUUUCAAUAACAAAAAAAAUCCAUACUGAAGUUGCUGUUCUUCAGACAGACAUCAACACUGUGUGUAUAUGUUACAGGUCAAAUUUGUUCUCAGUUUAAAAAUUUUAAACCGAGCUUGAUUCUUGAUUUCUUUUGUCUACCAGGGCUAGAGGGCUUAUGAAAGGAACUUGAGCAUCAACCUAGGUUAAAUUAAAAUUAACGUGAGAUCAAAUUUGAACAGUAACAUAAUUAUAUAGUUUUGUGGUUCAAAUUUAAUCUUUGGUUUGAAAUUUUUUAAACCAGUUUAAAUUUUUUGAAACUGGUUUGAAAUUUUUAAACUGGUUGGUAAUUUUUUAACACAUAACUUGUUCUCAUUAAUUUGUUGUAUCCUUCAUGACAUGGGUUGAAGGGUAAUGUGGACUCUUGAUUCUCUGUUUAAGCUCAUGGUGAUAGAUGCGGUUCCAGACCUGGAUCUUAUUGCCCACCUCCCAGAGUUUCUUGAUGGGCUCUUCAACAUCUUUAAGGAUCGUAAUGCCGAAAUCAGAAAAAUGUAAGUCACAAUGGAGUGUCAACCCUUUAAGCUCCAAUGUACAUGUACAAAUUCUCCAAACUGAUCUCUAUACAUUUCCUUAAAGAAUGAGUUGAGAGAAUUUGAUAAAAGAUUAAAGCAUUUUCUCUCAGGUGAUCAUUUUAUUAAUUCUCAUAACCUAAUCUCUUGAAAUUGUAUGGAUAUUGUUAGGAGAAAAUUGAUGUUGGUCACUAUUGGGACUUAAAGGCUUAAGGGGUACAGAGUACCUGUUCAUCUACUGUAUGACUGAUAGAUGGAUGGAAACUUCAAGAAAUUCCAAAAUUAAAAAAAUAUUCCAGUAAGCUCAUUAUGUUUCUUUUUCAUGUGUCUAGAUUCUCAGCUUGAUCCUUCAAUGACUGGUUUUAAAAUUCUCAAACUAUAUUUAAUCGUCACAUAUGUAUACGAAUUAUCAAGAAUCAAGUGGAAAAUAAGUAACAAGCUCAUUUUUUCCCCUAUCUAAAGAAUCCUCAAACCAAGUUUUGCUUAGAAUAAUACUAAUGCCUUUCAUGCAACUGUGUAGGUGUGAAGCAGUCUUGGGUGAAUUCCUUAGAGGGAUCAAGAGAGAAUCUAAAACUGUCAACUUUGCUAAUAUGGUCAACAUUUUGGUUUUACAUUCACAAUCAGAAGGUAAUUGCCUCAGUUAAUACUUGUACGAAAUUUUAAGCCUUAUGAUAUAUGUGUAGUUAUAUAAUCAUCAUCAUCGUCAUCAUCAUAAUUAUCAACAUCUUUGUUAUCAUAAUGCCAUCAUUAUGACAUCAUCAUUAUCAUCAUUGUCCUCAUCAUUCAUACAAAUUUAAAAAACUCAAUACCUUUCUUGCUUGUAUCUUAUGUGCGUUUUGGCUUUAUGUAAUUUGGGCAAAUAAUAAUAUUAUUAUUUAUUGAAUGAAGAUGAUGUGAACUGUGGAAAUACAAGUUGUAAAUGCAAGAUAUGAUUGUUGCAGGACUUCAACUGGAUUUGAACCCAUGGCCUCAGCGUUAGCGCUGCAGUGCUCUAUCAACUGAAAUUUGUAUUUCCACAGUUCACAUCAUCUUCAUUCUGUAGGAAAAACUAUUCUCCAACGCCAACAAUUUGUUGAAAGUUUAGCAGAGCUUUCAGAAUUAAUCCGUCCAGUUGUUGGUGUUGAUGGAUAUAUUUUUCCUGUAAUACCGUAAAAUUCCGAAAAUAAGCCCCUGGGCAUAUAUUUUUCAAAGGCCCUUUUUGAGGGGCUUAUUUUUGUAGGGGCUUAUAUUCCGUGUGGCUUAUCUAUGGAGGAAAAUUUGCGUUUCAAAAUCGAUUGGGCUAGCCUUAUAGUUGGAAGGAAAUUUACCGUUUUAGCUUUGUUUUACUUUGUAUUUGAGGGCAAUUUUCCAAGUACAAGCUCCCAGGGGGGUUAUAUUUGGAGGGGCGAUUUAACAGAGGGUUUUUUGCGUUACUGGUUCGGAGGGCUUAUAUGUGGAGGGUAAGGGGCUUAUUUUUUGGAAUUUUAUGGUAUGUCCCAAUGGCAGAAUCUUCACUGUGUCAUCUUCAUUCUAUGUUUCAUUCCAAUCACGGGUUAAGAUGAACUCAACAAAUUGGCCUGCUCCCAAUGUAUGGAUCUUCAUAGCUCAGUUGGUAGAGCACUUGCAGCCCUAACACAGAGGCCAUGGGUUUGAAUCCCAAUGAAGUCCGAGAUUUUUUUUUUCCGGGUUAAUUUGCAGUUGCUUAAAUAGCAAUAACCACUACGACGAUCAUACCUAAGGCUUAAGUUGAAAUUAAUAUUAUUAUUUAUAAUAUUUUACUUUUGAUCUUACAGUUGUAUAUAACAUGGCUUCAAUGAAGUGAGUUUCUUUCCUAUUUUUCUCCUUUAGAUGAUGUCAUCCAGUUUACUGCUAUCACCUGGCUGAGAGAGUUUAUUAUACUCUCAGGGCGUACAAUGCUGCCCUUCAAUGCAGGCAUUUUAAAAGCAAUAUUACCGUGCAUGGCUUAUGAACAAGACAAACAAAAUAUCCUUUAAUAUUGCAUACAUGUAUUAUAAUCAACCACCUAUAUUUUAUGCUCAGAGACCCCAUGGGGCAGCUAAAUGGGAAUGAAAUAAAUUUAUUAGUUUAACCCUUUAAACCCUAGGAUCAAAAUUGAAAUUCUCAUUUGUUGCCCCUAUUCAUUUCCUAUAGAAGCAGUAGGGAGAAGUUGACAAAACAUUAAGCAAAUUCAUCUUGUGUGAUCAUGUCCUUAUUUCUCACGACCACUCUGUUUUACAAAGCAUUGAUAUUACAUGGAGAAAUUUGAUGCUGAUCACUCUUAGGGCUUAAAAGGUUAAACAGCAUUGUGAAAAAUUCUGUUAGAAUUCUGUUAAUCAACCUUGACUUAGUUUAAAUAUCAAAGAAGUAGCCAAAGCUGUCAAUCAAAGUCUAAUGCGACUGAUCACUGAGGAUGAUGACAAAGACUUUGACAGUGACAGUGUAGCCAUGGAUUGUGAUAACGCUGUUGUUGAGCCUCAAACCCAGCUUGACGUUGGUCCUGUGGUAGAUGUACUAACUCUUUAUAUGACUCACAAGUCAAUUCAGACCAGAAUAGCUGUGUUGCGAUGGGUGUUGCUUCUGCAUGUAAAGACACCUAAUAAGGUUAGUUAGACUUGGUACUGAUCCAACUCUUAAAUUUUCAAGGGAUUUUGAUUCAGUUCAGUGGUAGUUGUACACCUUAUUCUUAAUUGGCAUCAACUUUUGUUUUUCUUUUGUCUUUAUGAUAACUGGCCCUCCGAUGCCUUGCUUCAAGGUAAAAUUUCUUUUUUAAAAAUUCUCCAGCUGAAUCGAGGCAAAGAGAGAUGAUAAACAUAAACAUAAAAUUAAUGUGAAAGAAAAGUAGUGUUGUCACAAUUUUGGAAUAAGGUGUAUAAUCAUAGUUACUUUAAACUCUUUGAAUCAUGUGAUUGUUAUUAAAAUGUUUGGACAGGUAUGCAAAAGUGAUGACAAAUAAGCCAAAAGUGAUAUUUUCGUAUUUUUGAGGUUUUCAUCCUUUUUAUUCAUUACCUUAAGUUAUUACUUUCUUUAUCAGCAUUGACAAAAUACGUUAUGAUUAUAUUUGUAACAAAAAAAAAGAGGUAGGUUUUUUUUUAUAUUUACAGAUCUUUGGUCAAAUUGAUCAGCUUUUCCCUAAACUGUUGGAUACUUUAUCAGAUCCCUCAGAUGAGGUAUGUACAGUGCAACCAUGAAGUACAGAGACCCUCCCUCUUAAGUUACAGUUAAGUUAAAUUUGUUUAGAAUAGAACUUGAUAUAAGGAACCUCUAGCCAGGUGUAAUGCAUGUGAGCACAAUGCAGAAGAUUGAAACAAAUCUGCCCUGGUGUAAUAAAUCUGAAGGAUUUCAUCAAAAUGAGGAUGUGAACAUUGCAUUUAUUUUCUGACAACUAAUGUUGUUCUGGUUUAGGCAUAUUAGUACAUGUGUAUAUGUAUCACACCGACCCCUGUAUGUUCUAUAUUUAUGUGUUUCUCUCCUGUUUCCUCUCUUUUAUAUUUCAUACUUUAUAUGCUUCUCUUUUUUUCUCUUUUAUCCGAAAUAAAACUGUAAUUUAAGCUAAGGUGACGUAAUUAGUUUCUAUGUCUCGCCCUUCUCCAUUUUUUCUUGCAAUCUGACUCUUAAAUCUUGUGAAUGAUAUCUUCAAAUCUGUAAUAUAUGGGUGGGGAGGGGGGGUAUAUAUUAUAAAUGGCCUGUAAUAUAAAAUAAAUGGAAAAAAUAAAUAAAAUACAAAUAAUUUCACAAAAAUAUGUAUCACUUUAAACCCACUAUGACCUUUGCCAUGUUCACCCUUUAGCUCCACACUUAUACAGUGUGAAAAAAAAACAAACAAACAAACGAACUAUAAAGUUCUUUUCUUGCAGGUUGUUGUUCUUGAUUUGGAAGCACUUGCAGAAAUUUCUGCCUCCCCAGCUGGACCUCCAAGGAAUAGUUCAACACAAAGCAUGUCUGAAGCUGGUUCCCCGGUCAGCAGCUCAUCAGAUCAGGCAUCUGCCCCUCACAGGCAGCUCAAUACGUACUUUCACAAAUUCAUGCACAAUGUCAUGCAGUUGUUUAGGACAGAUAGAAAACUGCUGGAAGAAAGAGGCUCUUUUAUUUUGAGGUAAGUUAUACCUGCUUCAAUUGAGUGUACAAUUAAUAUUUCUACAACCCUCAAAAUGCAUUAAGUGCAUUAAAUCAGUUUAUUUUUCCACUAUUAUGUCAUUUUACCAUAUAAGGUCAAGAGAACAAGCAAAAUACGAGGCCGUAAUACACCGUAGUCUCCUGGUUUAACCGCUUUACAACAGGGCGAAUACCGGCGGAUGCAAAAGGAGCAACUGUGGCUGACAGAAUCAGGAUGUUUUGGAUACUCUCUUUAGAAAAUAGAAGCCAAAAUACCAUUUUUCUUUUGCAGUAAAAUAAGUAACCUCUCAUUCAAUGGUUUGGCAUAUAAUACCCGCGAACAUUAUGCUAAUUGUUAACGUCAUUCUCACAGACAGAAUCAGGAUGUCUCUGAAUACUCAUACCAUAAAAUAGAAGCCAAUUGCCAGAUAAUUUUUUUUUUGUAGUGGAAUAAUAAACCUCUUAUUCGAUGGUUUAGCAUAUAAUACGAGCGGACAUUUUGCUCAUUGCUCGUAUUUUUCUACAUGCUAAACCAUCGAAUAAGGUGUAUAUAUUUUAAAUCUGAAGCUAACAAUGCUGCUGUAUUUCAUCAGUUUAGGCUAAAGCAUGACCUCACUUUGAUAGACCACAAUAACUUUACAGUCGUUGUGGUCACACACACGCUUGGGAAAAGCAAAUUCCUACACUGUAGAAAAAAAGCGGUUACACGCAAAUUAGUUUCCCGCGGUGUUGGCCGCGUGCAGCGCGUCGUUUGCGCGGGAAAGUUCAUUUCCAAUCUUCUGAUUGUGGAAGACGGAAACCCGAGAUUAACGUCUCGAUGGCUCAGGUUUAUGCGUAAAGUUUUUGAUGUUUCAGGGCUUGAAAAAAACUUGAAUUCGAGCUUUUACCUUGGGCAAGAAGCUCUCAGACCUUGCUUGCUCGUGGCAGUUCUUGCUUGUGUUAGCCUAUUGCUUUUACGGCAAACGGCAAACGUGAAUUUGUUCCACGUGGCCAAGUUUUUCAUCUACUUGUCGUUUACUGUUCAUUAUAGCUACGCGAAAAUCGGUAGAUUCACGCCAAUUCUAUCCGUAAGAAUUGUUUCAAGCUAUUUUUAUCUGCACAUAACUCAUUUUAAAAAUUUCUCAACUUGAAUCUCACGUUUGCCGUUUGCCGUAAACGCGAUGCUUAAUUUCUCUAAUGAUUUAAUUACGGGAUGACUUGCCUAGACCGUCGCACAUUGGGAAAGUAAGCUUAUUAAGUUACUCCCCCAGCAAGAAAGUCUUCUUGCCGCGGACUAUCGGAUGGGACUCGAGCCCUGCGUUGUCACGUAUAUGUUCAACGUUAAAGAAAUAGUUUAUCCAAAAAAUUGUCGUAACCUCAACUAUUAACUUUAUCAAACGAAACCUACUAAAACUAUAAGUUGCUGUCUUUGGCAAAAGCAAAAGCUGAUAGCCUAAACGGAAGUGGAAUAAGUCUUGAAAAAAACGAGGCCAAAGCUUUCUUUCACAGUGUUUGCUCAAAUUGUAGCAGAAACUACAUUGUGAAAGGUUUGAACCCAGGACUUAUUUCAAAAGUAGGUUGAGUUUGAUCGUCUGGGUGAACGUGGUCCUGAAUAGGACUGUUGUUGUUGGCAGUGACUGACGUUUCGACAACCUGUGCGGUAGUCAUCUUCAGAGUCAAAGUCUUCACAUUGUAGUGAAAAUCUUCACAUUGCAUUUAGAGCACCUCCUGCAACUCCUGUUACUUUUUUUUAGCGCACGUUCUAUUGCGAGAAAACUGAACUUUGCUGUAUCAAUUUUUAUCUCUAUCGUUCUUUAGGCAGCUCUGUCUUCUGUUAAAUGCAGAGGACAUUUACAGAGCAUUAUCAGAGAUAAUUGUUCAAGAAGAGGACUUGCUGUUUGCAUCGCUCAUGGUGCGAUAUUUGAACAUGAUUUUGCUGACAUCUAGUGAACUGUUUGAUCUCCGCGACCAGCUCAGAGAAUUGGCUACACCUGUAAGUAACAGUCAAUACAGAAUGUGUUUCGAUUUUGAACUUAGGGAAUCCCUCAGUUCGGCGUCAAGUCUCUUGGCUGGCCUCAAGGGAAACAGCGAAUUUUGUUCAUCUUUGCUUCAGAGAACGUUGAGGGUCGAGAAGAACAAAGAUCAUUGUUUGCCUGUGGGGUUUGUUUUUCAGUGCUUUGUUAUUCCUUCCAAGUAAAAAAUGAAACAAAUCUUUUAAGUUGAUUUCUCGGCUGCGACUGCGAAUACUUGGACAUAGAUUUCUCGCGGUUUCGAAGUACAGGAACUGAUUUGGUGCGAGUAGCUCCCUAGGGACAUGGCAAGUGAGUUUUGUUCGGCCUAGGGACUUUAGAGUUUUGCACAUAGCACGUAACAUAUUCUUAUCCAGUCUAGAAAACGAGAUUGAAUUAUGAGUUGUACGAAAAUUUUACAGUGACGUUGGCCAAAUUAAUGACGACUUUGAACCCGUUGUUGUUGUACAGUGUCUUUUCAUCUUAAUUUAGUUUUUACCUCUGCUUUGCUUUCUCUUCUAGGAUAGCUGUUCGUUGUUUUGCUGUUUAUAUCAAUCGUGGUGUCAUAAUCCCGUUGCAACAGUCUCCUUGUGCCUGUUAACACAAAACUACAAACAUGCUUGCGAUCUUCUCGUGAUUUUGUAUCCUUUACAACCACUAUCCUUUCCGCAAUUUUGCCGGAUAUUAUACGAUUUAUCUUGGUUCUCAGAACAGGUUUUGAUUAUUGAAAGUCCUACUCUGACUCCAUGUAAUUGGCUGAAAAUCUUACGCCACUCUCUCUCAACAAAUUUGAAUUAAAACUUAACGUACUGACACAAGGUCACACGUGUUUCCCGCGCUUGGCGGCAUGUAUUUGCUUUGAGAUCUGACUGGUUCCUUUGACCGUGACUGUCUAGUGCAUGCAUUGUGUUUGGCUACUUUGUUACUUUGGUUUUGAUCUUAUGGCCGACGUUUUAAUCCCUUAAGUUUUAAAUGUAACUUAACUGCGUGAUCUACUUCUAACUCAUACCGUACAUUUUGUACUUUUUGUUGGUGUCGGUAAAUUCUAUAGUUCAGGGUGAGUAUGGCGCCGGUGUGGCCAUGCAAGCUGAUAUUUUUAUGAUUUAUGUUGUUAUCAUUGUAACAGUUAUAUCCCUUGACAUUCAUGCCAUCAGUGGACAACUGGAAGUGAAUGUUGAAUUUCUCAUCCAGAUAGACAAACUUGUUCAACUCAUAGAGUCUCCCAUAUUUACAUGUAAGUAUGCAUGGCUUUAUAUCUAACAGCGCGAUCACAUAAGAUUUCUCAGAAUUUUAAAUGUCAUUCCGAGCAAAAACUUAAAACUCCAUCUUUUAACCUCCACUCAGACUUGCGCCUUCAGCUGUUGGACACACAACACAAUCAUUUCCUUCUCAAGUCAUUGUACGGCUUAUUGAUGCUUCUUCCUCAAAGUGAUGCCUUUACUACGUUACGGAACAGACUGGACUGUGUACCAAAUGGCAGGAUACUCUCAUGUGAUAUCAGGUAAUGAUCUUGUGAGUGAAACUUAAGUUCUGUUACGAGGAAGUCACAAAGGGUCAGUGUAUAUUUAGGAGGUACUCAACAAUAAAGUUUUGUACUUAGAUUCGAGUGCUCGUCUUGGAGGUCCAAACUCUUACCUUCCUAUAUAUCACUUUCGACUAAAAAAGACUCUUGUCAUAAGUAAUCCAUCAGUAAUCUGGGCUGUCUCGGCUCUCUAGUUUGUUUUAAACAAAUUUCAAACUACGCGUCCUUUUUCGCUUUUGAAUCUAACGUUAAGGUACGGAAAAACGGGCAACAAAAAACGUACAACUUGUCUUGCAACAUUGCUGUAAAACGAGUUGAAUAGCGAUGUUGCGCGUUUUACCACCCACGUCAAACCUGUCUUGCAACAGAUCAGGUUAUCAACAGGUUUGAACGCGGGUGGUAAAACGGGCAAGACAUCGCUAUUUAACUCGUUUUUCAGCAAUGUUGCAAGACAAGUUGUAGGUUUUUUUCGCCCGUUUUUCCGUGCCUUUAGCGAAGAAGUUACUUUAUAAAUGACAAAAUCACCGCCUCGCGCGUGUCAAACAAAUAUGUGUUUCUCACGCAUCUUAUCAAACAACAAAAUUGAACUUAAAAGAUUUGCAAUCCGUUUUAAUCUUCAGUUUUGCUUAUUCCAGCCUUCGUUUGUAUUUGCUGAUAUCGUCUUUAGUUUAAUGUUUUGAGCGGUUAAAUUAUGUAUCAUGUUUUACUCCAUUUGGUGGUACUUUCCACUGCUUGAAUUUUGAGGAAUUUUGUGACGCAGCUCCUUAAGUAGUGAUAUCUGCGGGUGGAAACGAGUCGCUUUGUGCCGCUUCUAGACGAACGAUCCUUCUAUGUACUCAAGUGGCAGUUUCCCCCACCUUUUUCUACAGAUGUACCUCAACGGUUAAAAUCGGGAAAAAGUGUAGCCCUCUUGGGUGUAGCCUGUUCUAGGCUCCAAGACAGUGGUUGGUGUCUGCACACUCCGUGAAAAGAGAGAGAGAGAGCGAGAGCGAGAGGAAGAGGGAGAGAGAGAUCCUUCUUAAAAGCUUCCAUGAAGCGUAAAUCGAAUAUUUUCCUAAAUCGUUAACGUUUUGUUCCUUUUCUCUUGCAGUGACAAAAGGGGAUUACUUGACUUUCCAUGUCGCGAACAUGUGCAGAGAAUCAAUUUUCAGGAACUCUUGCAGCAGUUCAAGACUGUCCAACAAAAGCACUUUAUAAACAGACACUCUCGCUCUUCGUUUCUGGCGAAAAACCUGUUAAAUGCCUAGUUUACAGACAAAAAGAUAAAAAUAUAUUCAGAAUCAUAUGUAAUUAAAUGAUAUUUUUAAAUUGUAAAUUAGUUAUUUGUAAACAUUUUUUGGUCAGAGCUACACGAUAAAUUUAGUCAUAGAAGCUUCGUAGAUCGUAUUCAGUCAGUUCAUUGUCCCUCUGUUUUAGUCUUGCAACAAUUUUAGUCUUUUAGUAUUACAUUCAGCUUGCCUAUAAGCUGUUAUCAUGGCAAGAUAGUGUUUAUAAAUCAAAGUUUAUAACAGUUAUUUUGAAAGUCACAAAAAUCUUGCAAAUAAAGUUGAAUAUCUCCG